AUGUCGUCAUCAGCGGAAGAUGGGACUGAAGCUCCCCCCCGAUUCGAGCGCGAUCGUCACGUGUUUUACUUCGUAAACUGUCUCAACGGUCUUCCCGCCGCGUACGAGUCGCAGGAGAGCAACCGGCUCACGUUGGCUUACUUUUGCAUCGUCGCUUUGGAUCUUCUGCAAGCUCUUGACAAGGUGGAUCGUCAGAAGAUUCUCAACUGGGUGCAUUCCCUGAAGGUCCUGGACCCUGAAAUGAUUCAGGCGAAGAAGGCUGGUGGUAACCCUGUGACAAAGCCUGUCGCCACCACCACUCCCACUCCAAUCGCCGAAGCUGCUGCUUCCAUCUCAGCACUUUCUGUGCAACCUGGUGCUGACGUGUCAACUUUAUCCAUGCAAGCUGGUGCUGACAUGGCUCCAAGAAACAGCAGCAGCAGCAUGGCACGGGAACUGGAAACAACAGCAGGGUGUGGCAGCAGCAGCAAUGGUCCGUUGUGGCUUGGUGCAGAGGUGUUAGGGUUUCGAGGCUCGCCUUCCAUUGGCGUGGCGUACAGCACGCGAGGGGCGCCCAAGCAGUCACCCUACGACUGCAGCCACAUCGCAAUGACCUACACUGCCCUCGCCAUCCUCGCCACCCUAAAUGAUGAGCCUUCUCCCAGUCAUAGCCCUGUCGAAGACGAGGAGGCGGAAGAGAGGAGCAAGGAGGGUGCGGGUGCGAGGUGCGGAGAUGGAGUGGAUGCAGCAGUGUGUGGGGGAGCAGGAGAGGCGGGGGGCACGACAGGAGAGGCGGGGGGCACGACAGGAGAGGCGGGGGGCACGACAGGAGAGGCGGGGGGCAUGACAGGAGAGGCGGGGGGCAUGACAGGAGAGGCGGGGGGCAUGACAGGAGAGGCGGGGGGCAUGACAGGAGAGCUCCGAGGCAUGGCGAAGUCGCUGCGAGAGCUGCAACUGCAGGAUGGGAGGUGA